AUGAAACUUCCUUCUUUGCCUUUUUCUCAUUCCUUGGGUUUUGUGCUGGAUAAUGAUAAUGCUGAUUAUGAAAUAGAGUUCGCUUCUGAUCACCCUCCUCAUGACCCACCCAAAGAUGCUUCUUCUUUUUCUCUCUCUAAAAAAUCAUCAAGCUUACAUUUUUCCCGCCGUCAAGACGCCCCCGAAGACGAUUCUUCCCUUUCUUCCCUUUCUUCCCUUUCUGAUGCUUUCGGUACGAACCUGAAAGGAUCCGCUGGCGGUGGGUAUGCUGCUUCAGGUCGUGCGAGUUCGAGCUCGUUUGGCGGAGAGUCUUCCCCCAAAGGUGGUAGUAGCUAUGGAUCUUUCACCAAACCCAGACCCGAAGCAGGAGAUACUCCCAAAGGAUCUUCCCCCAAGAACUCUGGUGGUUAUGGGCACUCUCCUUCUUCUUCUUAUAAUGGUUACAAUGCUGGUAAACCAAAGUACCGUAGUGGUAAACCGGGACACGGUGCGUUGAAUACUUACCAAAAUUCUGGGUUGACAUACUUUGGAUCUGCUUAUGUUCUUGAUCACGCUAUCAAAAAUAAACAAUUUUAUCCACUCAACGUCAACACGCAGCUUAUCAAUAAUACGAAUGCCUCCUUAUUAUCCGAAAAAAGCAUUGUUGAUGUUCCAAGUAAUAUGUCAUUUGCCUUUAAUUCUUCUAGUGCUUUAGUUUUAAAUGACUUCUACAAAAAAAGCGACCUAGAACAUGAAAUCGCUGGAUACUUUUAUCGUCUAGCUCCAGCUGAUUACUGUUAUGAUAAUGCUUCCUUACAGGCUUUGCCUUCACGCACCAUCCAUCGGAAUGAUGUUUCUGACCUUCAACCUUAUGGACUCAUAGCUUUGGCUCCUUUCGAUAAAUGUGCACCAAAUUAUGUUCAACAGGCCUUGUCCGACGACGCAAGUGCCAUAUUGUUUUAUAAUGCCAGUACACAUGCUGAAUCCGAACACAAUUUUGAAUCUUUUGAUCAUAAGGUUUCAGGAAGCUAUUUAUCAAAAAUUCCCAUGCUACUUAUUUCCCACCCAUACGGCUUGAGGUUUGAAGAUGCCCUCAAGUUUUACUCUUCCCCCAAGAUACAAUCACUUAAUGACAAUGGAAUGCUUGCCCAUAAAUAUGGUGACAUUGAUGCCAAAGCUAGAAUAGGUACCCUUGUUUAUAAGGGACAAGGAACUUACAAAAGUUUGUCUUGGUUUUACAUUCUUAUAGCUAUCAUUGCUAGCAUUUUUCUCAUAGUUUCUUCGUAUAUUAUACUUCACUUUACAGGAGCUUUAGCAGGCUUAUAUAGGUCUUUACGGCGAGCAGGCGCUCCAAUCCCUCAGCGGUUUACUGAAUCUAGGAACAAGAGCAAACCUUCACCUGUAAAGAAAGAGUUAUUAGAAACUUUUCCCGUUCGUUUAUAUACAGUAUCCGGACCAACUUUGCCCCCCGUUACUCAUCAAACCACUAACAGCUCAGCCUUGAGCCUUCCUGGUUCAGAAGAAUUAAAGGACGAUGCUGUUGUCAAUGAUGUAAGGCCUGUCAAUCAUUAUAAUCAGAGUGAGUGUUCUAUAUGUCUUUCCAAUUAUUCGAAUGAUCAUAAAGUAUACCGUGAACUUCCUUGCCUUCAUAUUUAUCAUCCGGACUGUAUCGACCCGUAUUUGCUUAAUAUUUCUGACAAAUGCCCUGUUUGCAAGCAAUCCGUUCUUCCACCCUCAAUCGAGAAGAUGAUUUAA